AUGACGUGGUACGGUCGCGGCCCGGGGGAAUGCUACAGCGACAAGAAGCUGUCGCAGCGCGCGGGUGUGUACUCCGUCGUUGAGGUGGCCCAGCUAUGGACGGACUACGAGUUCCCGCAAGAGAGCGGCAACCGCACCGACACGCGAUGGGUGCGGCUUGCGCACGCCGGGGGCGAGACGAUCACGGCGCAGUUCGUGGACCUCGUGGCCUCACCCUCCUCCUCAUCGUCUGCCGACGGCGAGAAGAGGAAGCUAUUCGACUUCAACGCGUCGCAUUACCGCGUCGCGGACGUCGAGGCUGCGAGCACCCCUACGAGCUGCAUAGGAAGAGGACGGAGAACGUGGUGCUGCGCCUGGAUGCGGGGCACCAUGGUCUCGGGAGCGGGUCCUGCGGGCCGAGGACCAGAGACGAGGGCCGCCAUGUUCUUGCAAAUUCCUACCCGCGAGUCCCUGUUGCUGUAUGUUCUGGGCUUCGAAUAUUGGCCACGAACAUUGGCCACGAAGGCCCACGACUUGCUUGGAGCCCGCAGCACGCUCCGCGCUUGCUCCCUCGAGAUUUCUCGCGAGGCCACGCUGGCAGAACUCGUUUGA